AUGGGUGCUUCAUUUAGAAAUGUUGAACAAAUUCUUGGUUUAGUUGGAUGUGAUUUAUUAACAAUAGCACCUAGUCUAUUAGAAGAAUUAAGUAAAAUGUCAGAAGAGCCCAGCGUAUGCUUGUCUAUAGAUAAAGCUCAAACCUCUUGUGAUCAUUCUUAUCAAUCGGAUGAAUAUUUAACUGAAGAAGAAUUUCGUUGGCAAAUGAAUGAAGAUGAAAUGGCUAAUGAUAAAUUAGCAGAUGUUAUACGACGUUUUGCUAAAGAUGCUUUAUUAUUAGAAGAUUUAAUUAAAACACGUAUACAACAACAACAAUUAUGA